AUUCCACUGACUUCAUGAUCAUAAGCAAAAGCAGACAUGGCGAAGGAGCAGCUACUGUAGAAACUCUAGACUACAUCCAAAAUUGUUUUAUUAAUUUAUUAUUAUUAAUUAAUGGUGUUCAUCUAUUGUAAAGGUAGUCUCACUAUUUGAUCGAGCAUGGAUGAUAGUAGCAGCAGCAGUAGCAGCGGCAGCGGCGAUGAUUCACCAGAUUUGGACACAGAAGAGGAGUCAACUAGGAAAUUCCGUCCCUGUGGCCGGCACCGACCCAAUGCCGCCUGCAAAAGACCCAGCCAAAACGAAGUCGGUGAAUCCAGCAAGAAAAUGAAACCUGCUAAAUCAGAAAGUGACGACAAUGUACCUCCCGAGGAAAAGGUCAAAAAGAUGUCACUCGAAGAUAUGUUUGGUGUGUUGUAUGCUGAGGGUCAUUUCUCGCGCUACCCUAGACCUGUUGAACGACAAGUUGUUGCAAUGUUGGUGCCUACCAAUUCUUCCGCGGGCCCAGUUCUAAUAAAGGGGUCUGUCUCUAUUGGUAAAAGUCCCUCGUGCGAUAUCGUUCUGUCAAAAUUUGGUUUCUGUGUGAAUAUUUCCGACCAUCAUGCAACUAUCACAUAUGAUAGAAGUACGCGAUUAUUUGAGCUGAUGAAUUACAGCAAAACAUUGACGAUUGUUGAUAAUUUGAGCUAUUCUAAUGGACAUCCGACUCCUGACAAGCCCAACGCUGUGUUAAAAAACUUGAGAAACUUUCUCAACGCUAAUAGGAUGACAGAACCUGAUAUGGAUGAACUUGCAGAGAAUAUUAUUUCUGAUGGAGCGUGUUAUGGUUCAGAGGAUGAGGUGAUAACAACCUGCAGCUAUGGCCGUCGACUCAAGCAGGCGUUCCCUGGAGCUGCCAUUAUAAGGCACGGCUCUGAAUUGAGAUUUGGUUGUAUCCCUUUCGUCUUCUGUACCAUGAAUCAAUGGUGAUACAAUAAAAGCAGGAAUUUUCCAAUCGAAUUGUUGAAUACUAUCAUAGAGAAACAAUUGCUUAAAUAGAUAUCCCAUGGUGUCCCAGGGCGUUUAUGUCGCAACUUUUACUGUUAUCUCAAGCCGAUAGUCCACGUAGUUCUUUCCUGUAAAGUUUUAUGACGCUGUUAGUCUCUCAUAUUGGUAGUGAGUUAGUUUUGGUAGAGAGUUAGUGGGGAGGAUAUUUUUAAUAUUCUUUCCGAAGAAUGGACAUUGAUAUGUCCAAAGCUCCGCCAAUUUAUGUAGGUGCAUAACAAUAUAAUUAUCUAUAGUUAUUAUAUUACAAAUUGCUUUUUCAUAUCAUAUACAGUUCAAAUAAUUAUUUUUUUAGUCUAUAUUAUGUAAACUCACCUAUAAUUUUGCUGUAUUGUAAGCUACUGUAUAUAAGUGUAUAAGCCAGUAUAUAUUGUAAUCUACAUAAAUAAAGUACUCAAUCAAUCAAUCAAUAUUGUGCCGUUCAUACACUCUUACCCGGUCAAAACAGUAAAAAUCGACAGUAAUCGGCUUGAGAUAACAGUAAAAGUUGCGACAUAAAGACCCUAUACCAUGGGAUAUCUACUUACGCUAUUGUUUCUCUAUGAUACUAUAUUACAACGAUGUUUUACAAAUUUAUUGAGAUACAAAUCGCUCAAAACGCUAUCUUGUAAACUCCAGAUACCUAUGAAGUUUUAGUUUUGAAGUCUAGUUUUAUUUUGUUUGCUUAGUUUUUUUAAGUUGUGAAUUAUCUCUGUAUCAUUUAAUUAAAGUAAUCUAUUUCUACAUUGUAA